UCCGCCAUCACGUGACCCUCCGGCUUCGGCUAAUCCGCCGCUCCGCUAUAAAUUAGGUGUCGUAGUCCUUCAUCACGCACACUACACCCAUCUCACCAACUACGAUCUUCAAAAACUUUGCGCAAUGGGAUCAGAUAAGAAGAUUAAGAUCGGAAUCAACGGAUUCGGAAGAAUCGGUCGUCUAGUUGCCAGAGUUGCUCUCCAGAGAGAUGAUGUUGAGCUUGUUGCUGUUAAUGAUCCAUUCAUCACCACUGAGUACAUGACAUAUAUGUUCAAGUACGACAGUGUUCAUGGCCAGUGGAAGCAUCAUGAGCUUAAAGUCAAAGAUGAAAAGACCCUUCUCUUCGGUGAUAAACCCGUCACUGUUUUUGGCAUCAGGAACCCUGAGGAAAUCCCAUGGGGUGCAGCUGGAGCUGACUUUGUUGUGGAGUCUACUGGAGUUUUCACUGAUAAGGACAAGGCUGCUGCCCAUUUGAAGGGUGGAGCAAAGAAGGUUGUCAUUUCUGCUCCUAGCAAGGAUGCUCCCAUGUUUGUUGUGGGUGUGAACGAGAAGGAAUACAAACCCGAACUUGACAUUGUUUCAAAUGCCAGCUGUACAACCAACUGCCUUGCUCCACUUGCCAAGGUCAUUAACGAUAGGUUCGGAAUUGUUGAGGGUCUUAUGACUACUGUUCACUCCAUCACUGCCACUCAAAAGACUGUGGAUGGACCAUCAAUGAAGGACUGGAGAGGUGGAAGAGCUGCUUCUUUCAACAUCAUUCCCAGUAGCACUGGAGCUGCUAAGGCUGUGGGUAAGGUUUUGCCUGCUCUUAAUGGGAAAUUGACCGGAAUGGCCUUCCGUGUGCCAACUGUGGAUGUGUCAGUUGUUGACUUGACUGUAAGGCUGGAAAAGAAGGCUACCUAUGAGCAGAUUAAGGCUGCCAUUAAGGAGGAAUCAGAGGGCAAAAUGAAGGGGAUUUUGGGAUAUACAGAAGACGAUGUUGUGUCCACUGACUUUAUCGGUGACAACAGGUCGAGCAUCUUUGAUGCUAAAGCUGGAAUAGCUUUGAAUGACAACUUUGUGAAACUGGUGUCGUGGUAUGAUAAUGAAUGGGGAUACAGCUCCCGUGUUAUUGACCUCAUCUGCCACAUUGCAUCUGUCCAAGCCUAAAUUUUUCAAUGGAUGAUGUCAACUUUAUUUUGGUCAUUUUUUCUGAUUCUGUUUUGAGAACGAUUUAGGACUUUGGUGGUAAUAAGUCUUUUAUACUUUGUGUUAUUAUUGAGAACAAGUCUUAUGAACCAUUUCUAUGACAGUAUCUUUUGAAUCCUAUUGUUUAUUCUAAA